GGUUCUCUAGCAAAAACAUUUGGAGUCGAGCCAAUCUUGCUGAAGUAUUCACUUUUUUCGUUUCUUUUUUUUUGCCACAGACGUUGCGAAACAUUGCAUUUGUUUCGCUGACAAAGGAAUUUAUUGCCGAUAUCUCGAGUAGAGUACGUGUUCCUGAGGAGGAAUCCUGCAUAUCGCAAUCAGAUACCUUACUGAUAUUACAAUUCCACCAGCCUGUGAUCUUCUCGAUUUAAGUCACCAAGGCGCUGAGCUUGUUUAUUCCGAAAGACGGGAAUUGCGCAAAAACACGUAUUAUAUAUAAUCCUUAUCCGGCUAGCGUGUCGUAACAUAAUCACGGCGGUCGCGAUACAAUCACGCCGGUAAUAAUUAGCACAAGGUGUGCCACAUUGUGAAAAACGUCAAGUCCGGGGAAUUCAGUUGCUUCCUUUAUCCUCUCGAGUGGUGGUACCAACGCUUUCAAUCGGCUCUCAACUGGUCGUGUGACAUCUUCGAGGAACAAUUGGGAACACCCAAGUUUUCAACAUGGGUGUUGAAAAUAAGAUGUCGGAGAAGAAUCCAGAGAUGAGAGAAACUGCCGCAAGAAUUUGUCGCGAUUACUUGCACGGCGUUUGGAAGCACGUUACUGCGGAAAAUAUCAUUUUUAAACGUAUCAGUGGUGGUCUUAGUAAUUGGCUUUACAACGUGGAGCUUCCCAAUGGAGCGGUUCCAGUCAGAGGAGAGCCUCGUCAGGUUUUACUACGUCUAUAUGGACAAGUACACGGGGAGAGAGCCUUGGAAGGACUUAUCACGGAAUCUGUUAUUUUCACUUUACUUUCUGAAAGGAGACUUGGACCUAAACUACACGGAGUAUUUCCUGGUGGCCGCAUAGAAGAGUACAUACCCGCCAGACCUCUUCUCACGAAAGAGCUAGCGGAUCCGACAUUGAGUUUACUAAUUGCGGAGAAAAUGGGACAAAUACAUACAAUGCAGAUACCAAUCAGCAAAGAACCCACGUGGAUAUGGGACACGAUGAAUAACUGGCUUAACACAACGACAGAUAUUCUUGAGAACAUUGAAGAAGUUGAUUCUCGGCAACUAGAGAAUGUCAGUGCAAUAAAAUGCAUAGACCUGGAACAUGAAAUUAAAUGGUUCAGUACACUUGUGAUGCAGCAGAAACAUCCGGUCACGUUCUGCCACAACGAUAUGCAAGAGGGCAAUAUACUUCUGCGUCAAAGUACGCGAAAGCCCGAAUUAGUGCUCAUUGACUUUGAAUAUUGUUCCUACAACUAUCGAGGAUUUGAUAUCGCCAAUCAUUUCGCGGAAUGGCAAUACGACUACACAGCAGCAGAAUAUCCUUUCUUUCAUGAACGUCUCGCUGCUGGUCCCUCAAAGGAACAAAAGCUCAACUUCAUAAGAGCCUAUUUGAAAACACUGGGGAAAGAAGGAUCUGUGGAGGAAGAACGAAUCAUGCAAGAAGUGAGGGUAUUUUCGCUAGGUAGCCACUUGUUCUGGGGUCUUUGGAGCAUCGUAAAUGCCAAACUUUCAGAGAUUCCCUUUGGAUACUGGGAUUAUGCUGUCUGCAGAUUGAAGAAUUAUAUGUAUCUGAAAGAGAAGAUCCUUGCCUCUGGACCACCAAUUUCAGAUGGCAGUCUUAAAAGAAAAUCUGGAGAAAUAGAUUGAAAGAAUAAGAUCGAAUGAUGAGUGAAAUGCAUUUGCGACUUAUAUAACGUUAUAUAUCAAACUUUAAAACUAUAUGACGUUACAUAUCAGACUUACAUGACGUGCAAAAAUAAGUAGCUUUAUUCGAUCCAUCAAUUUCAACCGAUAGCAGCGAUAAACCUUGAGGAGUAGAGCGAUUAACUUUUUUAACGGAAUGUACUAAAUCUUGUUCUUUCAUUCAGCAUCGUGAAAUAAUGUCCUUCGCUGCUUUUUAAAUGCAUAGACAUGCUAUUUCGACGCAAUACACGCAAGUAAAACGGAUCAAGAUGGAAAGUCAACCAUGUGAUAUAGAAUAAAUAUGCACUUAUAUAGAAUAUAUAAAGUAAAUGUACGAAUAUUUAUUUAGUACUUUUAAUCGUUUAUGUUUUUACUAAAACUUGCUAGUACGUACUUAAUUUUGUUUUUUAUUUACAAGACUAGACGUUUAAAAAAAUGUUGACACUUAUACGUAAAGAAUAAAAAUUAGAAAAUUAUAUAUAAAAUUACAUGCUUAACCAAAUUAUGAGAAAGCCUGUGAUUUGUAAGUAUAUUAUUUAAUUUUUUUUUAGAUUUUAUAUAUUUAUUAUAAGAGGUUAUUUCUAAUUGUUGUCAAUCCAUAUUGUAUCCAUGCUCAAUACGCUUUGUUUAUCAUUGUUAUAAUAAUUGUAAUAAAAAUUACUUGUAAAUAGCGCAAUUUUUUGCUACAUAGUACGCUAUUUUUACUUGAAGUCGUAUUAUAUUUAAAUAUAAGUACUUAACAUUAGACUUAAAAAAAGACAACAUUUGACAUUUUUUCACAAUUAUUAAUAUAUAUAUCAAUAUAACACAUCGAGAAUUGGGAAAAUGUAUGUCUCUCGAAUGUAUUGUAUUUUCACGAAUUUCCAAAUAAAAUGUUUGUUUUUAUCUUA